UGCGCCUGCCUAGCCUCAGCUCGAUGGACAGCGCAUGCAGCAUUAACGGCAUGUAGAAAUAGAGAGCGAUGGAGAGUGAUGGGGCCAGCAGAAUAGACUCGGCUCCUGGGGCCGUAUCGUUGCCCUGGUCUGAUUUAUGAUGCCCAGUCAGUGAAGAUUAUUUGAAAGGCUGGGUUAAAACUCUCACAGAAGCUGAACAAGUUAGACAAUGUUUUGAGGAAUCCACAGGCCUCCGGUUUGUUGGGGAGAGAAGGGGGAAGGGUUUUGGCAUGAACGACUCUCUAUCGUCACAGUCCGCCGGAACUGCUGGCUUAGAAACACCUUCCAACACCGGCGAAAGCAGAGUGGAUGCCGUGGAUUUCAUGUUGGACUCGGACGAAUCUAAUGUUACCAACAGUACAUCAACUAAGCUGUCAAAUCAUACAGAUGUCCCCAAGUUGGCAUUUGUCUGAUACAAACAUGGGAACUUCCUUGCGAUGGAGUACCAUUUAUGAUUAUGGGAAAGUACUUUCUCACUUGCUUCUUAGGAAGGAAUAAACAUAAGUCUUCACAACCAGCUUUAAGAGGGGAGAAGUUACAGGUUGACAGACUAGGAAGAAAUAGCAAGAAGAACCACAGAUCAAAGAAGAUUGGAUGUCCAGCCAUGUUGGUUAUGACAGAGGUCAUCAGGUUCCCACAGUACCAGGUCUCCCAGAUGACGAGAAGUAGAAUGAAUGACAAGACCAAACUUUUACGAGAGCAUUUAUUUCAAAGGGCAGCCGUAGAAACAGAACAUAAGAUCUUUAUUUCACUUCCUGCAGAUGACGAACAUCAGAACACACAUCCUCUAGGACAGAGUCUUGUUGAAUGCUUCCCUCCAAGGAAACAACAAAGACUUACUCCCAUUCAACAAAAUGCAGAAAGGUGCAGAGCCAAAAUAGACUCUCUUGUACAACUGUUGGAUGUUUGUAAUUACCAGCGCAUACUACGGGAGUUGGAAAAACAGCUUGAUGAUAUGCUUGUCAUGAUGAAACAGUGUAUGGAGUUAGAAAAGAACACAAAGGAACGAUUGAACAAAGGAAGAGCUGAAAAGAAGAGAAGGAAAAAAAAGCAGACAGAUGGAGUUCCUGUGUGUCUCCAGAGCGAAGAGUGUGUCAAUGAGAUUAUCAUUGCAACAAGUGGAAUCAGCAAAGAGUUGACUUGCCACACAGGAGUUUGAAACAUCCUGAAGUAGUCUGAAGAUCUUGAAAAGACCAAAACCAAAAGAAGAGAAGAACCAAUUCCAACUACAGGUCUUUGACAAGUGCAAAUAUCGCAAGGGUGAUUGGGCAUCGACUCUACCAGUCUACGCAAAUAUGACGUUCAACAGUAGACGGUGACCUUCCUUCCACACUGUGCAGGUCAGCACAUGUGCAUAAUCGAAACUGGGGAAGACAAUAAGACAAGGUUACUUCCAGCUUCCUUAGAGAAUGUACAGCAGUGUCGACUUGUACUAAACUAUUUUUCCAGGUUUCACGAACUCCCCCGAUGAUUUGAUAAGAUCUACAUGUAUGUAGGCACAAUCAUUUAACAAUCUGUUACUUAUAGUUUAUUGGUUCCGAAACUAUAAUUUAUAUUGGACUUUCCAGUUCUUGACCCAUUGUAUUUCAAUAGGAACCGGAAGUGCCUUUGCCACAUAUACCCACGGCCAAUGCUGCCCUCUAUGGUUAAAUACCAUAGUUGCUGUAGCAAGAAUUACCAAAACUGAAGAAGCAUAGAGUGUUGAUGAACUACAGUGUGAAGAGACCAGGAGAUGUUACAAAAGGCAUGUAUAAAUGCUAUGCAUGUUACACUCAUAAUGACAUCAGAGUGUCAUACAUGUACAAACAUGGAUUUUCACAAUAUUAGACUUCUUUUGAAAGUUUGAAUAUCUUAAUUUAUUAUCAUCGGGUUAUAGUGAAGCCAAUGUAUUUUUUAUAAAGUAAAACUUUACCAUAUUCCUACCUGAUUUUCUUGCGUAGGUUAUUACCAUGAUCAUAAAUGUUAUCAAUCUCGUGCUUCUCUACAUUUUUGUUUUUUAACUUUUGAACUUAACAAAAGACUGGUGAUGGUUGUGGAGACAUUGGUAUCAAUGCACUGUGGUAUUUUUUCACCAGCAGCCGUAAAUCUGAUUAUUCAUGAUUUAAAGAGAAUGGAAAGUUUUAAGGGAUGGAUUGAGUAGCUCUACUCAUCAGAUGAAGUUAGAAGUUAGAUUUCUACUUACAUGUCAACCAAGAGUAUAUUUAAAGACAUUUAUUUGUUCAUUAGGGUAGAUUGGUAAUCCAUUUGGAAGUAUUAGAUACAUCUAGACAUUUGUGCAAAAUUUCUCAGAAUACACAUGUAGGCUUUUUUCAAUUAUUUGAACAAAUAUUUGAGUUCAAUCCUAAUGAAAGUAGAGAAAAAUUGACUAUUUUGUUACAUUAUAAUGUGCAUUAAGACUACUAUACUGGUAUGAAUUGUUACUUUGGCAAGUCAAAUUUUUGGUCAUUUGGUGUUGCAAAUGUUGCCAAGAGUAAAGUAUACAAAAUUUGGUCUGAUCGAAUGUCAGUUGCACUAUGGACCGUUGCGUGCCACUGGGGUGAUAACAGGCACCUCAAAUGUGGACGCGAACCAGGUCCACAUCAUGCUUGAAUGCAUGGCUGUUGCCUUGCAACAGAGCCACGGGCCGUGAAGCCCGGGGCCUCUACAAGUCGAGCUAUCCCACGAGGGGGAGAGCCGCUGGUAGUAGUCUCUUUUAUUCAGUGACUUAGAAUCUCUAGACCUCGACAUUACUGGCGCCGGAGCACAGCCCUGCUGGCUGGCCCGGACGUGGUAUCCGUCGGUAAAUUACUACAGGGCAAAACUCCAGGCACACCAGGCAGGAGAGCAACCUGUCUCAAGACGCCCUUACCCCCCCCCCCCCCCCUGCCGCACCAAACUCACUCACUAGUGAGUCGGUAACGACAGCCGCAACUGGGGGGAGAAAAUAAGUAGCAACAGCGUCGCUACAAAACAAUGCCGCUACAACAAAACGUAGCGAAAACAAAAAAGCCCUAGCAUAGCAAACAAAGCAGCUACGAAAAGGGAGAAACGCUUAUCUUGGCGUCAACAAAAUUAACUGAAACGAACAGCAAGCCCAAACAAAGGAGCCACGUCGUUAACAAAACACAUCACAACAAAAGAGGUAUGCACAAUAAAAAUGUCCAUAACAUUCAAGUUCACACAGUGAAAAACCCUGGUACACAAAAAACUGUGCCCGGGAUUUAACUCAAAAAAGGAAAUACGCUUGGCAAAAGUGAACACUAAAACUGCCAAACUAAAGUGACUGAGGGUUAAAAAACCUGAACCAAAUUGUAUAAAAACAAAAUGGAAAUUACAGAAAGAAAGGCACCCAAAACGCUGUUAGGAGUCAAAACCUCCAAAUUUUGCACGAGUGACUUAUCUGUACUCCUUAUCGAUUGACUGCGAAAAAGGGAGAGGAAGUUGCAUGGGUGUGUGGUGCGCACGUGACAGGU